UAGGCAAGCCAUGUGGUUUGUGCAACAGUGAAUGGUAUGUCACCUAGUAGCCCCAUAGAUAAGCCUGCAAUGAACUUCACAUAGUUGUUGAUGCUGCUGUUGCUGUUUUUGAUAGUUAUUGUAUCACAGUGUUUCCAAAAAAUUUGUUAUCUGGAUUGCAGUUAGCUUGUUUUUUGGCUUAUAUUGGAGGCACACACUUCACUCACUCACACUAAAAAUAUGGAUCCAUUUUAGAACGAUAAUAAGAGCUCUGUUAGAUCAGAGCAAGGGUCCAUCUAGGUCAGAUUCCUGUUUCAUACACUGGCCAGACAAAUGCUGACAAGCAAAACAUGGAAGCAAGAAUCCUCACCUGUCAUUUGCCCCCGCACUGGCAGCUGUUAUUCAUUAAUGGGUAGACUGUACCUAGAUGGGGAGGUUCUCUUCAGCUGCCAUAGCUCAUACCUUAGGGCUCGAUUGUGCCAUCUCCAUGAAUGUAAUUAAUGUUCUAUGAUAUAAGCACAUAAGAGCAGUCCUGCUGGAUCAGAUCAAGGAACCACCUGGUCCAGAAUGUUUUAUACAUCACCAGCCAGAUGUACACCUGUAAUGCAGGACCCCGUCAGGAAAAAGUGCAUCCCUAUUCCUCCCAAUUGCUGCUCAAUGGGCACAGAGUAGUGGAGGCAUCCAAUGUAAUGGCUCAAGCUGGAAUCCUUGGCACACUUACCUGGGAGUAAAUACCACUGAACUCAACUUAUUUUUAAGUAGAAGGGGAAGGGAUGUCGCUCAGCAGUAGAGCAUCUGCUUUGCAUGGAGAAGGUCCCAGGUUCAGUCCAUGGCAUCUCCAGGUAAGGCUGAGAGUGUCCCUUGUCUGAAACUGUGGAGAGCCACUGCCAGUCAGUACAGAUAAUGUUUAGCUAGAUGGACCAAUGGUCUGAUUCAGUAUAAGGUGGCUUUCCUAUGUACAUAUCAGAUUGUACCACAUAUUUUUCAAAACACACAUUACAGUGCAAUUGUAGAUGGGUCUACUCAGAAGUGUUUUUAAAAAACAGCCUAUUGAGUUCAAUGGGGCUUACUCCCUGGAAAGUGCCUUAGCAUUGCAGUCUCAGACCCUGCUUGUGGCACACCAGCACAUCCCAGUUUCGGACUCGCAUUGCCUUUACAGAUUUUGCACACCAUUUUUGUCCCCAGACCGAAGUACAACCAUCACAAAACAAUCAAUUUAGGAACAAGCAACCCCACUAGGAAAAGUGUGUGGGGAGGAGGGAACCAGUAGCAUCAUAAAUACAACUAUGGGAAACAGACAGCAUGGGAAGCAUGUCUAAAUAAGUCUGCUUGGGACAUUUUCCUAAAGGCUGGGAGGGAAGAGGCAGGGAAGAAUUUCCAGAGCCUAGGCACACCUCUGGAAAGGUCCUGUUAUAUGUACUGUCCAAUUGCACAUCAGAUGGUGGUAAGAUGUAGAGGAAAGCCUCUUCAGAAAGUCUUCGCUGGUGAGCAGAGUCCUGUGGAGGGAGCAAGGCCACGCUUCCGCUCCAAUGGCACCCAAGAAGAAAGCCCCAAAGAAGAGCAAGCCGUCAAAGAUGGAGACGUCUACGAAUGUCACCAUGGUAGAGGACUCUUCUCUUGACAUUGACCACCAUCAGCAACUCGACGGCUUGUUUGAAAAUGGUUCAGGUGGCUUCCUCUGCACUGCCACAGAAGUCACAAAUCCUAGCCAUGGAACCAGUGUUCUGGAGGAGAUGAGCCUCAUGCACCAGGAGCGUUUCCUCUGUGACCUCACUAUCGUCACAAAAACAAAAUCCUUCAGCGUUCACAAGUUGGUCAUGUCUUCCUGCAGCGAAUUUUUCAGAAGCCUGCUGAAAAAAGACCCAAACCUUCAACAAGUGGACCUCAAAGAUGCCUCCUCCUUAGGCUUGGCUACUGCCAUUGCCUACACCUACACCGGAAAGCUGAACCUUUCUCUGUACACCAUUGGGAGCACCAUUUCCAUAGCCAGCCGCCUGAGGAUGUAUGCUCUGCUCAACAUGUGCACAGACUUCCUCAUCCAGGAGAUGAAUGUGGAAAACUGGAUGUACAUCGCCAACCUGGCAGACACAUACAACCUCAGCCAGGCGAAGGAUGCUGCAAGGAAGUUCAUCCGAGAAUGCUUCCUGGAGUUCUCCGACACUGAACAGUUCAUGAAACUCACCUUCGAUCAGCUCAACGAACUGCUGAUGGACGACAACCUUCAGUUCCCCAAUGAGGUGGUGGUCUUUCAGAUCGUCAUGAAAUGGAUCGAGUUUGAUCCCAAGCGGAUCAAACAUGCCGCCGACCUCCUGAACAAUGUCCGGUUUGGCACGAUCCCAGCUCACGACUUGAUCAACUACAUCCAGCCUGUGCCGUGCAUGAUGCAGAACCCGGAAUGCCACAAGCUCCUGGUAGACGCUAUGAAUUACCACUUGUUGCCUUAUCAGCAAAAUGACCUCCAGUCCAGAAGGACCAAGAUUCGAGGAAGCCGUAAAGUGUUGCUCAUGGUUGGGGGCCGCCCGUGCUCAGCCGAGAAAGCUCUUAGCAAAGAUGUAAGCUACAGAGAUCAAGAAGGAAACUGGAAUAAGCUAACAGAGAUGCCCACCAAAUGUUUUAACCAGUGUGUUGUGGUGAUGGAUGGAUUCCUCUACGUGGCUGGUGGAGAGGAUCAAACUGAUGCCCGGAACCAGGCAAAGCAUGCAGUUAACAACCUGUGCAGGUAUGAUCCCCGUUUCGGCACCUGGCUGCACUUGGCCAGCAUGUCACACAGAAGAACUCACUUCAGCCUCAGUGCCUUCAAUGGGAACCUCUAUGCCAUCGGGGGACGUAAUGCCAAGGGGACCCUAGUCUCUCUUGAAUGCUACAUCCCUUCAGCCAACACCUGGCAAGCCAAAGCAAACAUGGACUUGCCCCGCUGCUGCCAUGCCAGCGUGGUCAUCGAUGGCAAGAUCCUGGUGACGGGCGGCUACGUCAACAACGCCUACUCCCGUACCGUUUGCAGCUAUGACCCCGCCACAGAUUCAUGGCGAGAUGGUGCAUGGCUGAGCAGCCCCCGAGGCUGGCACUGCGCUGCCACCUUAGUAGAUCGUGCCUACGUCCUGGGCGGCAGCCAGUUGGGUCCCAGGGGGGAGAGGGUGGACGUCAUCCCUGUGGAGUGCUACAACCCUUCCACGAACCAGUGGAGCUACAUGGCCCCCCUGCCCACCGGCUUGAGCAUGGCGGGGGUGGCCACCCUCGGUGGGCAAAUCUUGCUUGUCGGUGGUUGGAAUGAGAGUGGGAAAAAGUAUCAGAAGAGCAUCCACGCCUACAAUCCGGACCUGAACGAAUGGACAGAGGAAGGAGAACUUUCUGAAGGUACCGUGGGGGUCUCCUGCUGCACCAUUGCCCUUCCGCACUCAAGCACCAGGGGCUCCAGAGCCAGCUCAGCUGCUUCAGCAACAGUCAGCAUUUAAGGGUGAGAGGAUGGUUGUAUGGAAUGGAGGAAAGAGUCAGAACUGCCCUCAGCUGGCACGAUCAGGGGGUUCACAAGAACGUUGAAAUACUUCUUUAAAAAUCUCAUUAAAAAUCUCUUUUGCCAGCUUCCAGGAGAUAAAUAUUCUACCUGUAGAGCAGGUGUGGGCAGCUCUUGGUCCUCUAUAUGUUGCAGAAAUACAAACCUCAUCAUCCCUGGCCACUGGCCAUGCUCGCUGAGGCUGAUGGGAAUUGUAGUUCAGCAACACUUCCAAGGCCAAAGGUCCUCCAAACUUGCUUUAGACAAUUAGCAGUGUCUUACUGCAACAUGGGAGGCUAACCUGCAGCCUUCUAGAUGUUAUUGGACAACCCCCACCCUUGACUAUUGGGGUUAAUGGCAUGCAAGUGCAUCUGGAGGGCCACAAAUUAGUUACCCAUGCACUACAGCUUCCCUCACAGAAAAAUAAGUAACAGGGCUGAAUACAGCAUCUCCUUCCCAUGGUUUUACUUUAACAACACUUUUAAAGCACAAUUUCUGGUCCCUCAAGCGAAACCGGAAGAUGUCAUUUGAGCUGAAAUAUAUCGCGCCCCCCCCCCCAGCCUUCAGCUUCUACCCCCAAAUAUCACCACCAGUUUUUUAAAAGAAAGGUGUGACCCUUAAGGCCUACCUUGAAUGAACUGCGUCACUGAGAUAUAGGAUUCCCCAGGUCUAAAUUAAAAAUCUGAAGAACACUUUACAAAUUUGUGUUGUGUCGUCUCUGGUGUGGAGGAACUUUGAAAUGGCAUCCAGUGUGUUCUGUCAACCAAUGACUCUCUUGAAAUGAAGUUUUCAAGGAAGGGAUUUAGGCUGCAAAUCCUGCACACUCAUACCUGGCUUCAACACUGCCCAUUCAGGCCCUUGCAGUUUUAUAGCCUCCCCAUCCCCGGAGUACCACCCGUAAGAACAAAAGGGUUUCUCAUCAAACCUUUUACAUUAAUAAUUUCUCUUUCACACCAUGCCUCAAGGAAGUACGUUGCUAGGGGACAAAAUAAUUAUGAGAGGCAAAUGAAGCUUAGUUAAUUGCAGGGUGGUUGACAGCACUUUUCCCCACCACCCUGGGCAAGGAGGGCACGUGUGCUUGGAAGUGUUUGUACUGAGCUGAAUCAAACUCAGGGGAUUGUACAAUUGUGGUGACAGCGGUUAUCCAUUACCAAUGAAGGCACAAUAUUUUCCUGUUUUCACACAGGCCUGCCUCAUGUUUUAUACCAGGUCCAUCUAACCCAAUAGUAUCUACUAAGUAAGGAUGCAACAACAGGAAAUUUGUGGAUUUCUUUUAAAAAUUUCUACAGGUAGCAGUGAAAACUGGAAGGAAAACAUCCCUCCCCUUGGCAGUCCGGGCCGGCUCUAGGGGUAGGCUGGGUGGCACGGGG